AUGGUAAUCACAUCAUUGUUUUCUAACAUCGUGGAUUUAAGUUCAGCCCAAGGAAAUGAGAACAGCGAGGCCCUGCCCGAGUCCAUCCCCUCGGCCCCGGGGACCCUGCCCCAUUUCCUGGAGGAGCCGGACGAUUCCUACAUCAUCAAGAGCAACCCCAUCGUGCUGCGCUGCAGGGCCGCGCCCGCCAUGCAGAUCUUCUUCAAAUGCAACGGGGAGUGGGUGCACCAGAACGAGCACGUGUCCCACGAGAGCCUGGACGAGGCCACAGGGCUGAAGGUGCGUGAGGUUUCCAUCAACGUGACGAGGCAGCAGGUGGAGGAUUUCCACGGCCCCGAGGAUUACUGGUGCCAGUGCGUGGCCUGGAGCCACCUGGGCACCUCCAAGAGCAGGAAGGCGUCGGUGCGCAUCGCUUAUCUACGGAAGAACUUCGAGCAAGACCCCCAGGGCAAGGAGGUUCCCAUCGAGGGGAUGAUUGUCCUGCACUGCCGGCCCCCCGAGGGUGUCCCCGCGGCUGAGGUGGAGUGGCUGAAGAACGAGGAGCCCAUCGAUUCCAACCUGGACGAGAACAUCGACACCAGGGCCGACCACAACCUCAUCAUCCGCCAGGCGCGCCUGUCCGACUCGGGCAACUACACCUGCAUGGCUGCCAACAUCGUGGCCAAGAGGAGGAGCCUGUCGGCCACCGUGGUGGUCUAUGUGAACGGGGGAUGGUCCUCGUGGACGGAGUGGUCGAGCUGCAACGCUCGCUGCGGCCGGGGCUGGCAGAAGCGCUCACGCACCUGCACCAACCCCGCGCCCCUCAACGGGGGAGCUUUCUGCGAGGGCAUGUCCGUGCAGAAAAUCACCUGCACCUCCCUCUGCCCCGUGGACGGCAGCUGGGAGGUGUGGAGCGAGUGGUCGGUGUGCAGCCCCGAGUGCGAGCACCUGCGCGUGCGGGAGUGCGCGGCGCCCGCGCCCCGCAACGGGGGCAAACACUGCGAGGGCCUGAGCCAGGAGUCCGAGAACUGCACCGAGGGGCUCUGCAUCCAAGAUAAAAAACCUCUUCAUGAAAUAAAAUCCCAAAACGUGGAGCGCGGCGGGGACAUCGCGCUGUACUCGGGGCUGGCGGCGGCGGUGCUGGCGGUGGCCGUGCUGGCGCUGGGGGUGACCCUGUACCGGCGCAGUCAGAGUGAGUACGGCGUGGAUGUCAUUGAUUCCUCUGCACUCACGGGAGGCUUCCAGACUUUUAAUUUUAAAACAGUCAGACAAGGUAACUCCCUGCUCCUGAACUCGUCCCUGCAGCCCGAGCUGACGGUCAGCAGGACCUACAGCGGCCCCAUCUGCCUGCAGGACCCCCUGGACAAGGAGCUGAUGACCGAAUCGUCCCUGUUCAACCCGCUGGCCGACAUCAAGGUCAAGGUGCAGAGCUCCUUCAUGGUGUCCCUGGGCGUCAGCGACAGGGCCGAGUACCACGGCAAGGCCCCCCCUGGCAGCUUCCCCCACGGCACCCCCAGGCCCUUCGGGACCAUCCAGGCCAGGAACAAAGCCAUGUUCAUCCAGAACCUGGCCUCCAUCUCCAGCAGCAGCGAGCUGAGGAGCACGGCCCUGUUCGGGCACCUGGGCGGCCGCUUGGUGAUCCCAAACACAGGGGUCAGUCUGUUGAUUCCACACGGAGCCAUUCCAGAGGAGAGUUCCUGGGAGAUCUACCUGGCCAUCACCCAGAAGGAGUCCAGCCUGGAGCCGGAGGGCCCCGAGGUGCUGCUGGGGCCCGAGGUGAGCUGCGGGCCCCCCGAGCUGGCUGCGAGCACCCCGUGUGCCCUGAGCAUCCCGCACUGCGCCCACGCCGACCCCCAGCACUGGAGCAUCCACCUCAAAAGGAGGACGCAGCAGGGCAAGUGGGAGGAAGUGAUGUCUGUGGAAGAGGAAACUACUUCUUGCUACUGCCUGUUGGAUCCUUAUGCCUGUCACAUUCUCUUAAACAGCUUUGGAACUUAUGCCCUAAUUGGGGAACCCAUCUCUGACUGCGCCGUUCGACAGCUGAAAGUCGCCGUUUUUGGCUGCCUGUCUUGCAAUUCUCUGGAUUACAAUCUGAGGGUUUAUUGUGUGGAUAACACCCCUUGUGCAUUCCAGGAAGUGGUUUCAGAUGAAAGACUCCAAGGGGGGCAAUUGCUGGAGGAACCCAAACUUUUGCAUUUUAAAGGCAACACCUGCAGCCUCCAGAUCUCAGUGCUGGACGUCCCUCCCUUCCUGUGGAGGAUCAAACCCUUCACUGCCUGUCAGGAGGUGCCGUUCUCCCGCGUCUGGCGUGGCAGCACCCGGCCCCUGCUCAGCGCCUUCUCCCUGGAGCGUUUCAGCCCCGCCACCACCCAGCUGUGCUGCACCGUGUGUGUCCGGCAGCUGCAGGGCCACGAGCAGCUGCUGCACGUCCAGACCUCCGUCCUCGAGACUGAGAGAGAAAACAUCACCUUCUUUUCCCACGAGGACAGCUCCUUCCCGGCCCAGCUGGGCCCCAAGGCGUUCAAGAUCCCGCGCUCGAUCCGGCAGCGCAUCUGCGCCACCUUCGAUUCGCCCGGCGCCAAGGGCAAGGACUGGCAGAUGCUGGCCCAGAAAAACAGCAUCAGCAGGAACCUGUCCUUCUUCGCGGCCCAGAGCAGCCCCUCCGCUGUCAUCCUGGACCUGUGGGAGGCUCGGCACCAGCACGACGGGGACCUGGACUCGCUGGCCUGUGCCCUGGAGGAGAUUGGAAGGACACACUCCCAGCUCUCCGACGUGGCAGAGCCCGAGCUCGAGGAGCCCGAGUUCCCCUGCAGCAGGAACGGACUUUAG